GAAAUGAAACUAACCAAAAAUAUUGGCAUUCUACUUGUCCGUCCACAGAAAACAGCAUAGCCAUCUACUCGGCCACAUCGCGCGGACGCAUGCAGCUCAUAUAUGGCGGCCAGCCCUUCAUCUUUGAGAAAACUCUGAAGCUGUCGUCGGGCGAGGAGAAACGAUACUGGCGCUGCAACCAAUGGUGGAACCAGAAGUGUCGCUCACGUGUGUUCACAGUCAAUGAUAUCGUCUGUCCGCUGAAUCGUUUCCAUACGCACGAGGAGAUUGUGCGCCGCAAGAAAAGAGUUCGUCGCGUGCCGGUCGACACCGAGGCAGUGUCCAAAUCAACCGUCACCCGCCAGCAGCAGGAGGCGGCACAACAGCAACACCAGCAGCAGCAGCAGCAACAGCAACAGCAACAGCACCAUCAAGAGAUGCAAGAGCAGCUGGCCAGCGAUGCGAUGUUGACCACUGCAUUGGAGGAUGAAUCGCCAGCGACCAUUGAUGUGAACGAGCUGGGGAUGCACCUGAAGUACGAGGAAAUAGUGGCCGAUGUCACAGGCAUGGUGGGCUCCAAUCGCGUGGUCAGCCGCGGGAAGUGAGAUGCAAUUUCGCACCGAAUCGUAUAUACAGACAAGUAGAUUUAACUUGAUUUUAGGGCAAGGACACUCUAAGAUAGCACCUACACUAUAUACAAUAUAUGGCUUAAAAUUCAGAUUCUAGCAUACAUACUACAUAUACCUACCUAUAAUUAUACUAUCUUCUAAUAAACUAUAAAAGCCUUUCACAGUAAA